UUGAGAGGAGAACUUAGGGAAAAAUGUUUUGCUGUGCGGGUGGGGAGGCCCUGGCCCAGGGUGCCCAGAGCAGUGGUGCUGCCCCAUCCCUGGAGGUGUUCAAGGCCAGGUUGGAUGGGGCUUGGAGCCCCUGAUCCAGUGGGAGGUGUCCCUGCCCAUGGCAGGGGUGGGACUGGAUGGGCUUUGAGGUCCCUUCCAACCCAAACCACUCCGUAAUUCUAUGAAAUCACUCACUUUAGGGGGUACAGCCAGACACACGUCUUUUCUUCCUCUGUGUUGGGCUCUGGUUGGAGCAACAUUGCUAUAAAAAUCAGCAACCGCUUGGCUGUGCAGAUGUUUCCUUUGUGAGCUUUGGAAGCAGCUCCUCUACGCAGAGGCUGUUCCUCACAAGCGUGUGGUGUCUGCCCUGCGUGCACAUUGCCCGUUUCUGAGCUGCAUCCUUUGCUGCAUGGGAACGUUCUCUGACAAAUAUUGGGUCUCUUCCUUACAAAUGACGAGGAUGUUGGGUUUUUUGUUGCUUGUUUAACAGGCUUGGAAGGGAGAGAGCAGCCAAAUUGCCCCCCGUCCUCCAGGACUUGGCAGGGGGUUGCGUGUUUUGAGUGCAUUUGGCAGAGUUUUGGUGUUCUGACUCAGCAAAUGGUAACAAAAGGAGGAUGGUGAAGCUGUCCUUUAUUCCAUAAUCCUGUUUGCUUUUCUGGAAACCGGCUAUAGCCUCAGAAUCACUGACUCAAUUUUUGGAUCCCAUUCUCAUGACAAAGCGGCUGUCUGGUUUAAAACAAGCCCGUUAUAAAAAGGGUGCCUCGCAUCCUGGCUGUUUGUACCAGCUUCUGACAUUCCUCCAGCACUGAGGAGCUUGGCUGGAACGGAAAAUGUCCAGAGCUGGAGCCAAGGUAAGUUUAUUUGCAGCCUGUACGCGAUUGUGGCUACGAGUACAGCAAUGAUCAGGGGUAAGUUGUGGGGAAACUUUGGUUUCUUUGCUUUGCUGACAGCCUUCCCCUGCAUUAGAAAGAGGAGAUGCUUGAAUCCCCUGCAUUUGAAAGAGGAGAAGCUGGAACUCAGCCCUCCUUAGUCUUUCCCCAGAUCUUGGCUGUUACAUCUAGGUGUGGCUCCACAGAGGACGCGGAGUCAAACCCAGCAGCUGGGGAGGGGAAGGUUUAAAAUGCACCAGGACUCAAUGCCUUGGAAAUUGAUGGCGGAGGCUGCUGUGCCAGCGGCGAGCGUGAGAAGAUGCAUUUGUGGAGUGGGAUCUCAUGGAAGGCUUGAAGACCUGACAUCCAACACCAAUGGCAGCUGCUGCGUCCCCCUUCUGUGGAACCAAGGAGCUGUGAUGGAAGGAUGCCCCAAUGAUGACAGCACCUAAGAUAAAAGUAUAACCCAGGGACGGGAACCGGUCUUACGAUUUGGUGGAAUCAGCAGAGGUGGAUUUAAGUUGGAGAAAGAGGUAGAUCAGGACGCUGGGCUUCAGCCAGUGAGGUGCAUCAGGUGGGGAUCCUGCUCUAAUGCCGGGAUCUUAGAUCUUAGUAAGAAAUGCUUCCAUGUGAGGGUGGGGAAGCACUGGCCCAGGCUGCCCAGGCUGCCCAGGCAGGCUGUGGCUGCCCCAUCCCUGGAGGUGUUCAAGGCUGAGUUGAAUGGGGCUUGGAGCAGCCUGAUCCAGGGUUGGAACUGGAUAGGUUUUGAGGUCCCUUCCAAUCCAAACUGUUCUAUGAUUUUUAACAGUGGUGAUGUUUGAUCAAUGCCGGUGGCCAAAGCACCAUAGGUGAAGCACAACCAGCUCGGACCGAAAGGUGGUUGUGUGUCUAAUACUCAAGCUAUGGAAAAACGGUGGGAGAAGUGGAUUACAGAGUACUGCACUUUAGAUUUUUAACCACGAUGUUAGAUGUUUAAAUCAUCGUGGCUGGAAGAAUUCUCUCUGGAGCAUUUGGGGGGAAUUGGCUGAGGCAAUCACAGAUGCUACCAAACAACCCAGCAUCAGGGAUGGGGCUGAUGCUGUGCAGGAAGGCUGGAAAAGGUGAGAUGCUGUGUUGAGUGUGCAUAGCAUUCGAUCAAUCAACUCGCACAUCAGUUUAUUCAGUACGAGAGACACUGGAGUAAGUAAUCAAUGUCCUGUCAAGGAGGAAGAUGGGCUGGUGGUUGGGCUGAUAGAGUUCUUCUGAGCCCAAUUCCCGUCAAACUAAGGUCACUUUUGGCAUGGUCUGGCAUCGCAGUAUCAUAUGCAAGCAAGGGACACAGUCAAAACAGACGCGGUGGUUCAGGAACCCUUAUUGCGAAGAGGAGCUCUUGACCUGGCUGCGUUGGAGCUACCUCAGUGAGAUUUGCUCUCCAGCUCUUGAGAUUGUUUCGAGUUGGGUUGUGAUCAGGUAGGGAAGACGUGUCCCUAAGCCAAGUGCUUUUUGGUCCCCUGCCUGGCUGCAGGAAGAAGCGUGGUGAUGGGCCAGCAAUUUGUCAGUGUAUUGCAAACUUGAACCAACCAAAGCAGAAGCAGCCAACUGCAAAUGCAGCCUUUGAGUGUCCGAAGAGCUGUGCUGUCCACCGUGGGGCACUCCUUUAGUUAUUGGCACUGGUGUGAUUGGCUUUUGGCAUUGAUUUUUGAUGAAGCAAUCUGUGGACCGUUAGAGUGGGAAGGAGAGCGGACUAGAAGGCGUGAUGACCCAGGAGGAAAGAGACCUGACCACCCCGUCUCGGUAAAGGUUGCACUGUGAGUUCUUGGUAAGGCAGCACAAGUGAAACCCUGCUCAGUACAGCCUGCUGGCUAGUUAUGGCUCCCUCAGCCAGAAUGCAGUAACUACAGGUCUAGAGAAGGUGGGAGGGAAAUGCUUUAACAGUGUCUUGCUGCGAAGGACAGGGACUUCACUGAGGGAGCUUUGGGUUGGGACAGAGUCAGGUGCUGGGCAAGGCAAGGAGUUGGUGGCAGCUGGAGGUGUUGGGGCCAGGCUGGUGAGUUGGCUGUCAGGGCUAGUUGGGAUGCAAUUGAUCCUGCUCAGUGGUUGAGCUUGGUGACUUUUUGACAUCUGAAGGGUUCUUUUUUUCAGGUAUUUUGGGCUAGAAUAUGGAUGCAGGCACGUGUUUGACCUGGGUGAUGCGUCUCCUUGUUUUCUUUCCUCUGCUUGUGUUUCAGGUCACCUUCUAUGAAGACAAGAAUUUCCUAGGCCGUUCCUACGAGUGUGACAGCGACUGCCCCGAUUUUCACACCUAUCUGAGCCGCUGCAACUCCAUCCGGGUGGAUGGGGGCACCUGGGUGGCCUACGAGAGGCCCAACUUCUCUGGGAACAUGUACGUUCUGAUGCAUGGGGAGUAUCCUGAUUACCACCACUGGAUGGGCCUCAACGACCGCCUCGGCUCCUGCAAAGCCGUCCAGAUACCAAGUGGAGGCCGGGGCCACAUCCAGAUAUUUGAGAAGGGAGAUUUUGGUGGGAAGAUGUUUGAAGCCACUGAAGACUGCCCUUCCAUCAUGGAGGAGUGGCACAUGCGUGAGGUCCAUGCCUGCAGAGUCCUGGAAGGCGUCUGGGUUUUCUAUGAGCAUCCCAACUACCGGGGCAGGCAGUACCUGCUGCCCAAGGGUGAAUACCGCAAACCCGUGGAGUGGGGAGCGGCGAGCCCUGCCGUCCAGUCCUUCCGCAACAUCACCGAGUGAGGCAGCCUGGUGACUGGCAUGCCAGAGGCCGUCAAUAAA